GGCGGGGAAGAAGCCGGAAGUUGGGUGAGCUCCGGCGGUCGCGAUGGAGGAGAGCGAGUACGAGUCGGUUCUCUGUGUCAAGCCCGAGGUCCACGUCUACCGCAUCCCGCCGCGGGCCACCAACCGUGGCUACAGGGCCUCAGAAUGGCAGCUGGACCAGCCAUCGUGGAGUGGCCGGCUACGGAUCACUGCAAAAGGGAAGGUGGCCUACAUCAAGCUGGAGGACAGGACUUCAGGGGAGCUCUUUGCACAGGCCCCAGUGGACCAGUUUCCCAGCUCAGCCGUGGAGAGUGUGACUGAUUCCAGCAGGUACUUUGUGGUCCGCAUUGAAGAUGGAAACGGGCGACGUGCUUUUAUUGGGAUUGGCUUUGGGGAUCGAGGGGACGCCUUUGACUUCAAUGUGGCAUUACAAGACCAUUUCAAGUGGGUGAAACAGCAGAGUGAGUUUGCAAAGCAAGCACAGAACCCAGACGAAGGCCCCAAACUGGACCUGGGCUUCAAGGAGGGCCAGACCAUCAAGAUCAACAUCGCAAACAUGAGAAAGAAGGAAGGAACAGCUGGGACCCCAAGAACCAGGCCUGCCAGCACAGGAGGGCUGAGUCUGCUUCCCCCUCCUCCAGGGGGUAAGACCGCCACCCUCAUCCCUCCCCCUGGGGAGCAGUUGUCUGUGGGGGGCUCUCCAGUCCAGCCAGCAGUUGUUUCUGGUUCAGGAGGUGCCACAGAACCCUGGCCACAGUCUAAGCCUGCUGCCGCCACGACUGCUGAUGUCUGGGGCGACUUCACCAAAUCCACAGCGCCGCCCUCCAGCCAUUCUCAGCCAGGCACCGGCUGGGUCCAAUUUUGAUGCACAACUUUUUCUUCACAACUUCUGGGAAGAAGCUGCCUCAUCAGACCCACAGAAGGAGGCGAAGCCGCUCCCUGGCUGGCCCCUGGAGCAUCACUCUCCUCUCUUUGCCUGGCUGUCUUGACAGCCUGAGCAACAAGAAGCAGUAAAUUGGCAGUAAAAUGCCUCACUAGCUGAGGUACAGGUGCUACACAGCCAGACGACAGGGGCAAACACUCCAGGGCCCCCAGCUCAUCCUUCCUUAUGGGAGAGACCCAGACCUGCCUUCUUCCAUGAAGUGAUCCUUAUUAAACACAGCCCCUAAAGCACAGAAUGGGUUGAGUUUGUGGCCUGGGUUCAGCUCUGCCCCUCAGGUUGGCAGGUGUCCCAGAUUCACUUUGGGCAGGGGACUCCCUGCACUCUGUCCAUUGUAGACAUUGUCGGAUGUUCCAGAGGAUCUUCCUGAUUGCUAGCACAUCUUUGAGCCUCAGCUUGAGUGUGUUGUGCGGGGACACUGGAAGGAUUAAGCAGCUUUUGAAAAUGUUAAUACAUUGCUCUGCUAAUAUGCUGACCAGCACUAAUGUGCCCUUGUGAGGGACCCACCAUGGCUGGGUCCUCUCACACACCCUCCUCCCUGCCCUGAGCCCCAGAGGCGGCUACGGGAGUCAUCCUGUGUACCUGGUUUCCAUGUCUUCAAGCAGUUGCCCCUCAGGUGGGGCAGGCUCUGGGAGCCUGCUGAGCAGUGCUCUGGGGAAGUUGGAGUAUCACCGACCGGCCGGCCGGCCUGCCUGCCUGUCUUCUGCCUCUGCUCUGGGCUCACAGGGUCAUGGCACGACUGGUCCGUCCCUGGUGGCUUCUGGAGGGACAUGUCUGUAGAUAGCCUGUCCUUUUCUCCCUUCAGAGACUGUGACAGAGGAGCUCUGUCAGCUGGAAGCCUGGGCCAUCAGUAGUGGUUUUUAAGAAGCCAUUGUCCUUAGUGCCUCUCUGACGUUUCUUUAUAGACUUUACCUUCAGGUGAAAGGUUUCUUUUUUGAAAGAAGUUUUGACCUUGUGGGACCAGAGUUUUAAAGAUGGAAAAAUAAAUAAAAGUUUUGACUUCUGUA